AUGUGGGCUAUUUAUCAAUCAUGGAUAUGUAAGAGGAUUAAUUGCAUUCGUCAACAGCAACGACAAUUUAGCAGACUGUGCCACGCGAGGUCUCGCCAGCAAUGGACUGGAAGACCAUCGCUGGUGGACAUGACCAGAUUUUCUCAAAUGUCCCUCGGAAGAAUGGCGGUCCGUCAUAAAGAACGCCUUGGAAAUUCGAACCUGGGAUACGAAACAACCAAUUCCGUCCUCCUUCUACCUAAUCAUAUAAUGACUCGAAUAAUAAUAAGGGAUACUCACGAAAAAAUCGGACAUCAAGGGGUAAACGCUACUCUUUCGGAGAUACAAAGAUACUUCUGGAUACCACAAGGUCGCCAAACUACCAAAAAGAAAGCUCAAGGUUUACCAUACAAGUACCCUGAACCUCCUCCACUACCUGAAGGAAGAGUUCGCAUAUCACGCCCUUUCGAACACGUCGGAAUAGAUUAUGCAGGUCCGUUUACGGUCAAGGUGUCGGGGACACUGCACGAAAAACGGUGGAUAUGUCUAAUUACUUGUAUGAGCACACGCGCGAUUCAUCUCGAAAUCAUACAAGGCUUAACGGUAAUCGAGUUCAUCCGCGCUUUACGCCGUUUCAUGUCGCGUCGCGGUCCACCAAAAACCGUAAGUUCGGACAAUGCCACUACAUUUGAAUCAGGUAGUGCAAUCGUUAAAACACUUUUCGAAACAUCGAAACCUAUAGAUGACAUGAACAAUUUCCUUGUAAAUCGCGGGAUACAGUGGAAUUUUAUUACUCCACUUUCACCUUGGAAGGGUGGGUUUUAUGAGCGUCUAAUAGGUUCAGUCAAAUCAUGUUUGCGCAAAACUAUGAGGGGAAAAUUCGUAUCAGACGACGAGUUCCUAACUGUAAAAACAGAAUGCGAGGCGAUCGUAAAUAGUCGGCCGUUAACUUAUGUUUCAUCAGACAUUAAAGACUCAUUACCUAUACGCCCGGUCGAUUUUCUCCGCCCUCACGCAAAUAUUACUCCGUGGAUAUAUGAACCUGACUACGAUCCGGAAUACAAGCUCAUCGGAACAAACAGAGACGUGGAAAAACUUUAG